CAAAUGUAGCCGGCAAGCUGCAUCACUCUUCGCCACAGAGAUUUGACUACUGUCAGAAGACACACAAAAAGUUUUACAGCUGACGAGCGACGCUGCUGAGCCGCCGGAGUUUAGCGACCUGCAAACUGAUCCCAGUCCAGAUCUGAGCGAGACUUUGGAGACCGUGAGGGAGGCGGGUUACCACUGUCAGGGAGCAGAAGGUGCCUCCAGACUUCAGACACUACUCCUGGCUUUCCAGAAAAUUACAAUGGCUGACAGUUUUGACUGUGACAACUGCAAGGAGUCCCUGUAUGGCCGCAAGUACAUCCAGUCAGAUGACAGUCCCUACUGCAUCCCCUGUUACGACAGCCUGUUCUCAAACACAUGCGAUGAGUGCAAAGAGCUGAUCGGCCAUGACGCAAGGGAGCUCUUCUACGAGGACCGGCACUAUCAUGAGCACUGCUUCCGCUGUUUCCGCUGCGAUCGCUCGUUGGCAGAUGAGCCUUUUACCAGCCAGGAUGAUGCGCUGCUCUGCAACGACUGCUACUGUAAUGAGUUCUCCUCCAAGUGUGUAGCCUGCGACAAAGUCGUCAUGCCAGGUACGAGGAAGUUGGAGUACGCGGGCUCCACAUGGCACGAGGGCUGCUUCAUCUGUCACAGCUGCGAACAGCCGAUUGGCUCAAAGUCCUUCAUCCCUGACAAGGAUGAACACUACUGUGUGCCCUGCUACGAGGACAAGUUCGCCCCACGCUGCACACGCUGUAAAAAGACCCUGGCUAAAGGUGGUGUGACCUACCGGGACGAGCCAUGGCAUAAGGAGUGUUUUGUGUGCACCAACUGUAAGACACAGCUAGCGGGUCAACACUUCACCUCCCGAGAUGAGAACCCUUACUGCCUCAAGUGCUUUGGCAGCCUGUACGCCAAGAAGUGUGAGGCCUGCAGCAAACCAAUCACAGGUUUUGGAGGAGGGAAGUACAUCUCAUUUGAGGAUCGCCAGUGGCAUCAGCCAUGCUUCACCUGCUCCCAGUGCUCUGCUUCGCUGGUGGGCGCCGGCUUUUUCCCUGAUGGUGACAGGAUCUUGUGCCGCGACUGCAACAGCAGCCUAUAGAGCGGUCACUUACCGCAUUCUCGCCCUUCCCUUUGAAUUACCUUUCACCCUUUGUCACAGCAUUUUUAAGAACCCAGAGUCAUUACCGAGGAAGGUAACGCAGGCUAACAAAUGCUGCCUCUCAGGUUGUUUUUAUAUAAAAAGAUGAGUUCCUCAUGGUCCCUGUCUGAGUGCGGUUUUCAUCCAGGAGCUAGUGCUGCAUCGUUUGAAUGAACCACCACAAAGAUUUCCUCUUUAACCAAAGGGUUAAUAAGUUUAUGAAACAAAGUUUAUAGAGUGCCUUAAGAAUAACAUUACUUAUAUGUUAUGUGCUAUUGAUCCAAAGAAACGCAAAAUGCUAGUCACUUUGCAAAAAUAAUCCUUCAUAUUUUAUAUAUAAAAAUUGCCACUUCAGGUAGAGGUCAGGCUCUGAAGAGAAGACACAGAACACUGAUACAGUAUGUAAACCUUAUGGUCUGUAUUUCAACGUAUUGGUGGAGGUACUGUUUUCAUGCUCUUAUAACUGCAGUUUUAAGCAUUUUAAUUAAAAUAUGUCAAAGAGUAAAAGCAAGAAGAAAAUGUAGAAAAACAAUGCUGAUUAUGCUUCCAGUGAGGUAGUCAGUGUAUGGUAGUUAUGAUCAAUAAAGUCAUUUGCACUUUUGAUAAGAUAUUAUCUCGCUACCAUGUUAUGUGCACAUAAAAACACACCUAAAAAAAACAUGGCACACAGACCACUUUUUUCGUCAUGUAUCUGCUUUUGUUGAACUUCGCAAUGACACUUAUUUUUACAUCUUAUUUCUGUCUUUUUUCAUUUGUUGUAAUGAUUUUUUUUUAAUCACCGUUGCUCAAAGAGUCAGCAUUUAUAACCCCAAAAGAAGCUGAAAUGAAAUGCAGUACCUUUGUGUAUUGCAGGAGUGUGCAUGUCUGCCAUGAUUUGCGUCGAUAAUUAUUUUGUCGCCGAUAACGCUGUUAGUGUUUUAUAUUGUUAGUUUGUAACAUGUAUGUGAAAAGUUAUUAAAAAAUACCUAUAUUUCAUUAUUUCAGCUUUGAUGCUGGUGAGUCAGAGUUGGCAAAUAUACAUUUUAAGAUUGAACAUACGGCAAUGAGGUGAUAACAGUAUGAACAUGCUGUAAAAAAAAAGAUGAUAAAUGAUUGAUGGCUAAAUGCUACAUGGUUAGUUACAUUUGUGAAGUCUUAUUAAAUAAAUUUACACUGACUGAU